GGCUAAAUAAGGGAUAGUGGGCGUGGUUACGCAGUUUUCCCAAUAAGAGGGCGUGGUUUUGCUUGAGUGUGUGAGAAAGGGGCGUUGUGUGGGCGGGGUUUGUGCUAAUGGAGGCGGGGCUCUAGCCGGAAGCGUCCCUCGUUCGUCUCCUUGUCAUUGAGCUCCGGCAGAGAGACAGGAGCAGCGGCGCAGCGCGAGAGAGACCGAGACCCGCCGCGGAGAAACCGGACAGAAUUACCGCGAUCAGCGCCAUGACCCGCGGAGCAUCUGCCUGAACCGAACCGCACCGAGCCCGAGCUUUACCCGCCCAAUGACCCGAAACCCGCAGUACGCAUAGACCCAGAGAGAGAGAGAGAGAGAGAGGGGCUGAGUGUCAUUGAGAAACAGGACACGUCAGGACAGGCGAGGCGGAGAGAAGCUGAGAAUCUGUUUUUAAUGAUUAUUUAGAUUAAAUUUAGAUUAAUUCCUCCGUAUUUAUUAAUCCCCGUAGUUUAAUCAGAUCGUCACUCCUCCGGUAUCCGGUAUCUCUGCGGGCUGUCGUCGCGUCGAAGCGGAUCUCCCAGCCGUCGCCGGACCCUGAGGAUCGAGUACUGUGUGUCAGUCUUAACUGGAAAACAUAAAUGGGGGAUUACGGGUUUGGAGUCUUAGUACAGAACAACACUGGCAACAAGUCCGCUUUCCCGGUACGAAUUCACCCCCACCUGCAGCCGCCGCACCACCACCAGAAUGCUACGCCCAGCCCUGCUGCCUUCAUAAACAGCACCGCAGCCGGCAAUGGCAGCAACGGCAGCUCUCCGUGGCUCUUCCCCGCGGCCGCCGCCCACAGCAACAUGCAGGACGAGAUCCUGGGCUCGGAGAAACCCAAAGCUCAGCAGCAGGAGCUGCAGGAGACGCAGGAGAAGCAGCAGCAGCUCUCCCCCGGGCACCAGGAGGGCGGCAUCAUCUCCGAGCUGGAGAAGGUCCGCUCUGAGGAGAGCAAGGUGGAGAGCGGCGCCUCCGAGGGCGCCAACGGCAAGGAGAAGCUCCGCCUCGAGUCGCCGGUUUUGACGGCCUUCGACUAUCAGGAACCCUCUGGGCUGGGAACGGCCGUCCAGUCCAGCACCUCCUCUUCCCUGACCAGCUUCAACAACUGGUCGGCUGCUAUCCCCCCGACCCCGUCCACCAUCAUCAACGAGGACAUCAGCUUCUUCAACCCGGCCUCCGCCAACAACGGCCCGCUGCUGUUCCAGAACUUCUCCCACCACGUCAGCCCCGGCUUCGGGGGCAACUUCUCGCCCCAGAUCGGCCCCAUCUCUCAACACCACCCUCCUCACCCCCAUUUCCAGCACCCUCACAACCAGCACCAGCAGCACCGCCGCUCGCCCGCCAGCCCGCACCCGCCGCCCUUCCCUCACCGCAACGCCGCCUUCGGCCAGCUGCCGCACCUCUCCAACAACCUGAGCAAGCCGCCCUCGCCCUGGGGCAGCUACCAGAGCCCCUCGCCCUCUCCCUCCUCCACCUCCUGGAGCCCGGGGGGAGGCUACGGCGGCUGGGGAGGUUCCCGCGGCGGCGAGUUUCGCCGGGGCCUGAACGGCGGCAUGACCCCGCUCAACUCCAUCUCUCCUCUAAAGAAAACCUUCCCCAACAAUCACGUGCCCUCGCAGAAGUACUCGCGCACCAGCCCCGGCUUCAACCCCAAGUCCUGGAUGGACGAAAGCAUUAACAGGAGCGAGAACAUCUUCCCCUUCCAGGAGCGCACCCGAUCCUUCGACGGCUUCAACAUGCACUCUCUGGAGAACUCGCUGAUCGACAUCAUGAGGGCCGAGCAGGACACCCUGAAGAGCCGCCUUGGAUUCGCUCAUCCAGGAGGAGACAGCCCUCUGCCCAUAAACGCAAGGAAUUAUGGGAGGCGACGAGGCCACUCGUCUCUGUUCCCGAUGGAGGACGGGUUCCCGGACGAGGAGCGGGCGGAGCAGAGCCUGCCGGGCCUGGGCUCGCCCCACUGCUUCCCCCACCAGAACGGCGAGAGGGUGGAGCGCUACUCCCGCAAGGUCUUCGUGGGCGGUCUCCCCCCUGAUAUAGACGAGGACGAGAUCACUGCGAGUUUCCGGCGCUUCGGCCCUCUGUUUGUGGACUGGCCUCACAAAGCUGAGAGCAAAUCCUACUUUCCACCGAAAGGUUACGCGUUUCUCCUGUUCCAAGACGAGAGCUCAGUUCAGGCUCUGAUUGACGCCUGUAUCGAAGAAGACGGGAAGCUCUACCUGUGCGUCUCCAGCCCCACCAUUAAAGACAAGCCGGUCCAGAUCCGCCCCUGGAAUCUGAACGAUAGUGAUUUUGUGAUGGACGGAUCUCAGCCUCUGGACCCCAGGAAGACUAUAUUUGUGGGCGGAGUUCCGCGUCCUCUCCGUGCAGUGGAGCUGGCGAUGAUUAUGGACCGGCUGUACGGGGGUGUGUGUUACGCUGGUAUUGAUACGGAUCCUGAGCUGAAGUAUCCUAAAGGCGCCGGACGAGUCGCCUUCUCUAAUCAGCAGAGCUACAUCGCUGCUAUCAGCGCUCGCUUCGUCCAACUGCAGCACGGAGAAAUCGAUAAACGGGUGGAAGUGAAGCCAUACGUGUUGGAUGAUCAGCUGUGUGAUGAGUGUCAGGGAACUCGUUGUGGGGGAAAGUUUGCUCCUUUCUUCUGCGCGAAUGUCACCUGUCUCCAGUAUUACUGUGAAUACUGCUGGGCGGCCAUCCACUCUCGCGCCGGGCGAGAGUUCCACAAGCCGCUGGUGAAAGAGGGCGGCGACCGGCCUCGCCACAUCUCCUUCCGCUGGAACUGAGGUGACGGGCGGGUAGACCGGGGAGAGAAUGCUAGGAGUCGCAAAAUCAUCGUCUAAAUAAAUGCACUUUUCUGUUGCUGGUUCCUUUUAAUUUAAGUUUUUAAAAAAGAAAUUUUUAAUUUGUCAUUUAAUAUAAAGUUUAAAAUAUUCAGGAAAAAAACAAUGUGUAAUGCAUCUCUGUUUUUUUGGUAAAUCCCAUUAGACUUCAUUUUCUUGGUGCACAGAGAUAUGAAAAUAUGGAGUAUUUAGUAUAAUUUGUCAUCUGUAUGAGUAUCUGUAUGAUUAUAAUUGGCUGUUUGUUAACACUGAAUUCUAAGUAUUACAGUUUUUAGUUUGAAUUUGAUCCGAAAGGCUGGAGGCAGGCGUGUGAAAAGGUGUCGCUGAUGAAGAGUGCACUUAUUUCUUGUUGAACGAGUGCAGACGCAGCGUGAACGACCCCAGUGUUUAACCAAAGCUUCAUCAUGAUUGGUUUAUUAGAACAGCAGGACGAAAAGCUUCCGCAAAACAAACAGAUCUUCUUAAUAGAUCAGAAAAUAUUGGAUCACUUUGAGACCGAUUUUAAUAUCUAACGCUUUCAGACACGGACCGGCCGGCCGACGCUGCAUCAGAUUUCUGGGUUUGAUUUCCAUUUAAUGCAAGAAAACUUAUACCUCAAGCUUAGCUGCUAGACCGUGGAGUAAGAUGUAGAAACCGCGCUGGUCUCCCCGCACCACGCCCACCACAGUAAAGGGAAGUGACAUCAGCAAAAGGCACAGUUAGAACACUGCGAUGUUACUUCCUGUCUAAAGAAAAGCGGAGUAUAUUUGGCGGAUGGAAGCCGAGUGUCCUGAUGGAGAGUGUACGGCGUUCCCGCUAAAAUCCAGCUCUAGACUCCCGAGGCCGUCGGCCGUUCCCCCGCCCACACGACCCCGCCCCCCAAAACCGUACAGAAACCGAGAGAAAAGAAGAACCGUAUUCCUCCCGUCCCGCAGCGCCAGCGCCCCCUCUCAGCCUGAAGCAGAACUCCUCACAUCGCUCCACAUCCCAUAAUACUCCCGCAGGUUCCUCACCUGCAGCGUAACGCUAACCUACAGGUUUUACUUUAGGGAACCAAAGAUCACCCAACAGCAGAGAGUGAGACCACGCCUCACUCCCCAUCACUCACUCUCUCUCUCUUUCUCCCCACCACUCUCUCUCUCUAUCACUCUCUCACUCUCUCCAUCACUCUCUCUCUUUCACUCUGUUAUUUAUUUUUUCUUAUUUUUUAGAUUUUACCCCCAAACACAGGUUUCUUUCCUUCCUGUUAAGUUGUUUGGCCCCGUCCCUGGCCCCGCCCCUCAGCCUCAUUGCUUAUUCGAUAUUUAAGAGCAGUUUAACUCCAGCAAACCAAAGAUUGGCCUUGAAUUGAUGAGCAUGCAGUUCUAAAACCACAGUAACACUAGUGAAACCCACCGAGCCGCCGCCCACCCGCCUCUGUCCCAAAGCUUCAAACGGGCCCCGCCCCGUCACCCGACGGCCCGCCCUCUCCCGCCGCUUGCCGGUCUCAACCCACCGCUCGCUCAGGCUUCCUCCCGUCGGCAGGGGCGUGGCCUGACAGCAGGAGGGGUGUGACCGACCACCAUGAGGGGCGUGGUCUGGUGUAGUGAGGGGCGUGGCCGGGUAUCGGGAGGAGAGGCGUAUCGCUCCGAGUGCGGCGCCCCUCAGGAGGACCGUCGCAGGAUUUCUGUGUGCGGUUGUGCUGAGUGUGAACGUCAGGGAGACAGUGGUGAUUUAACACUUGAGAAACUCGUGAGAAUCGUGCCCUCGCCGCGCCGGCCCCUCAGCGCGUUGGCCCCUCGCCGCGCCGGCCCCUCAGCGCGUCGGCCCCUCGCCGUGCCGGGCCCGUGGGUGUGGUGGUUGAACAUUUUAGAAGUGAAACACUUUUUGAAGAAUUUGCUGUUAAUGAGAUGAUAGAUUAUUUUAUACAUGGCCUGCUGAUUUUUGGUACAGUGUUUUCUAGCUAAAUUAUUUUGUCAUGCACAUAUAAACAUUUAUUAUGCACUACUUUUCUAAAUACCUUUUGUUUUCGACAGUCAUUUUAGGCACAUUUUUCACAAAUGGGAAAACUCCUUUUUGCAAUACCUCAAUUUUUCACAUUGUGAAAGGUAGCUUUUGUACUUUUGUUACUGAGAGAUCUGCAUAUAUGGAAAUUUUCUUUUAAGAGUAAAAAAAAAAAAGUUGAGUGAUUUUAAUAUAUAUUAUUUUCAAUUAUGCUUUUUAUACAUUUCAGUGCUGAGGAAUCUUUACAGCUAAGCGCACACUUGCGUUGACGCGACUUCAAAUCCGCAGAGGAAAGAUCAAAGCUUACGGUCCGGAUCUUGUACACUAGAUUUUAACGACACGCGUAUAUAUAAAUAUAUAUAUAAAAAAAAGAAACUAAACAGCAGCAUGGCGAGAACAAGUUGUCAUUAAAUUAAUAUGUUAAUAUUAAAAAUGAUUAUCCUAGUUGGAAAAAAGGUAAACUUGUAAUUUUGGUUUCCUCUCCAUAGCUGGAAUAUAAAGUAUAAUAUUAUGAGGAGAAUGCAAUUUGGUUCAUGUUUAGGCUGAAUCUCGUAUCACACGAAUGGAUGUUUGAUGUUUAGAUAUUUUAACAUUUGAAAAUAUAUAUUCUUGAACUGCCAACUAGCUCCUAUUGUAACCCUUAGCAUGCAUGAUGAGAAAAAACAUGAAUUAGCUAUUAAAUUAAUUGUUGUGGUUGUGCACCAGAUGUUUCUAAACCCCACACCCUGCACCCCGUCAUAUGUUAUCCUCUAUGCCUUCCCCAUAAUCCAGUAUCUUCAGGAUGCACAGAAACGCAGAGAGAGAACUCUAAAUAAUAUUAAUAUUAAUAAUAAUAAUAAUAGUGAAAUUAGCGGUGCAGGACGAGACGCAGAGCUUCAUCCCGAUCGAAGUUAAAUCACCCGUUUUGGAGGAAGGGGAACUUUAAGACUUGAAUGUGGUAAAUGUUGCAAGUUGUUAUGUGCAAUACUUUUUUUGAACUUUUCCAGAUAAAGACUCUUUGCAAUGUAAUUCUUUAAUGCCAUUUUUAAUUGCUGACAUUUAAAGAAGAUGUUAAUAUGUUUUUCACAGUCAUUUUCUACUGUUAUUGUAAUCCUUUUCAUGCUGGUGUUUGUAAAAAAGAAAAGAAAAGAAAUCAAACUAUUUGUACUAAUAUAAAUAAUUGAAGUUAUUUUUAAAACAUUAAAGGUUUUGUGCUCAUUUGCUUAUUUUGUUUAUUUCAAGCUACUGUGAUUGAUUGCAUUGUAAUUAUUAGGUCAAUAAUGUAUUUAGCUGUUUAUUGGUAUAUUUUUAAUUGGAAUGUAUAAUUAAUUUUUAUAAUUUUGAUCAGAUUUUUGUUAUAUUUUUGAGGUGAAGCUUUUAAUAUGUUAAAGUGUCUAGUUUUUACUAAUUGCUAUAUUGUGCUCCACAAUAUAUGGUUCACAUUUUCUGAAGGAAAAUAAAUAUUUAAAUAUCUGUCUGUUAAUGAUGUUACUUAAUGGCAAAAUUUCAAUAGUUUUUAACUGUGUAUGGGAAGGUUGUUGUAUUUAUUAAUAGCAUUUUUUUACUUAAGAUAUCACCUUAAUUUUUAUUGUCAUUUCACUUUAUAAGUUCCUAUUUUUGUAUUUUUCUUUCUAAUUAAGUUAUGUUAUAAAAAUGUCCAUAUUCUAGGAGUUGGUCUGUAAGUGCUAGUGAACAAAAAGAAAAUCUAAUGUUAUUUAAUUGUUUGCAGCCAACUAUUUAUAACAAUAUGCAUAAUUUUUAAAUAUUUGUAAUGUGAAACGUUGAAUGAAUAAAUCUUAACUGUGA